GAUCCUUUUGUCGCUGAAGUCCUCCUAACGAAACUCUCCAUGUCUACCAGCGGCGGCCCACGGAUCACACAACUGUAUCUGCUUCGCGGAGGGAGGGAAGGCCAGGCCAGGGAGUUCUGCAUUUAGAAGCGCCGCCGAAGCGUGCGUCCCUCCCUCCCUCAGCCCGCUCCGGCGGUCGGGUAAAAAGGACGCGGCGGCAGCGGCUGCCCCCGCCAUGGCAUAUUGGCCACGGCCCGUCCUGCUGUGGCUGCUGGCGGGCGCCUGCGGCCUGGCUUUGCUCGGCUACUGCGUCUACUUCGACCGGAAACGGCGAAGCUCUCCGGACUUCAAACAGAGGCUAAGAGAAAAAAGAAGAAAAGAACAGGAAAAAGCAAAGGAAAAUGAAGCAGAGUUACACAAGCUGAAAGAUGCUGCAAAAGUACAAGAGUUCUUUCUGCAAGAGAUACAGUUAGGGGAGCUUUGGUUGGCAAGAGGAGAGCAGAAGAAGAGCAUUGAACACCUCAUCAAUGCCAUUUCCGUGUGUACGCAUCCAAACCAGCUAAUGCAAGUCUUGGAGCAAACUCUACCUCCCCAAGUAUUUGAAAUGCUUGUGCACAGCAUUCCAUAUACUAUGCAACAAUUUGAGGCAGCUGUGAAACAGCAGAAUGCUAGAGACGAGUGAGAACGCAGCAUCACAAAGGCUUUUCUUAAGGCAGGACCUUAUGAUAGUUGAUAAUUCCAAAAAAAAAAUCCUCAGUAGCAACAGUAGUUCUUACCUGUUUUACUUUGAUUAAAUAAAAAAUAAACCUUGUUUUAGAUGCUUUUGCAUAAAAUUUUGGACAACACACUUGUGUUUUAAAAUGAACAAUCAUUGUACUGGGAACAAAAAAUAAAGUGUGUGUUCUUUCCUUA